AUGAGUAACUUGAAGAGCACUGCGGCCAGCUUGCUGCUACGACAAUACAGGGAGCUUACGGACCCCAAGAAGGCCAUACCUUCUUUCCACAUCGAGCUGGAGGACGACUCGAACAUCUUUGUGUGGAACAUAGGAGUGAUGGUGCUGAACGAGGACUCCAUAUACCACGGCGGGUACUUCAAAGCGCAGAUGCGGUUCCCGGACGACUUCCCUUUCUCGCCACCUCAGUUCAGGUUCACGCCGGCUAUAUACCACCCUAACGUCUACAGGGACGGCAGACUGUGCAUCUCCAUAUUGCACCAGAGCGGUGACCCCAUGACUGACGAGCCGGACGCCGAGACGUGGUCUCCUGUGCAAACAGUAGAGAGUGUGCUAAUCUCCAUAGUGUCGCUCCUGGAGGACCCUAACAUCUCCUCCCCUGCAAACGUGGACGCAGCAGUUGAUUUUAGAAAGAACCCCGAGCAGUAUAAACAGCGUGUGAAAAUGGAAGUCGAGAGGUCAAAGCAGGAUAUUCCGCCAGGGUUCGAAAUGCCAACCUCGGAUACCGCCUACCUGUCGCAGCACAAGAACGAAAACCCACACGAACAACACCAGAACCAAAGAGAUAUCUCAGAAAAUUUCUGGUACGAUAGUGACUUAGAAGAUGAUGAAGAUGUCGGAAGUCUGAUGAACGAUGGAGACUCCCUAGGUUACAACGACGACGACGUUUACAACUACCAAAGUUACAGAAACAGAGGCGGCGACGAAGAUGAGGAUGAGAUAGAAUUUGAGGACGACGACGAAGAUGACAGUAUCGAUAAUGAUAGCGUAAUGGACAGAAAGCAACCACACAAGGCAGGAGAUGAAAGUGAGGAUGUAGAAGAAGUAGAGAAGAUUGUAAAGAAAUAA